UAUAAAUCGAAUCGUGGGAGGGUAGAAUCAUAGUUCAGUUGCAAUCUUCAAUCAGUACGCAGAACAACCAAUCCCAUUCAAAAUGUUCACCAAAUUGAUCUGCAUCGCCGCUGUGGCCAUUUCGUGCGUCAGUGCCAAGCCUGGGCUUGCUGCCCCAAUUGCCUACUCUGCACCGUUGGCCGUCGCUGCUCCGGCGCCAGCUUUUGUGACCGCUCAGAGCUCCCAGGUCAUCGCUCGUAACUACAAUGGAGUGGCUCCCCUGGCUUACACCGCAGCCGUCGCAUCCCCACUUGCCUAUAAUGCCCCCGCUUUAGCUGCUGCCGCCCCUGUGGCCUAUACUGCUGCCGGCCCUGUGGCUUACUCGGCCCCUGCUCUGGCUGGUGCCUCUCCACUGGCUUACACCGCUGCCUCUCCUCUGGCUUACACCGCUGCUGCUGCCUCCCCUCUGGCUUACACCGCUGCCACUCCAUUUGCUCGUACGCUGGCUACACCCUAUGCCGCCCCAUUCGCUGCUCCUUACAGCGCAUAUCCUUAUGUGCUGUAAAUUGAUUUGGACUGUUACUAAUGACUGAAUUUAUCAUCAAGGCUUGUACAGUUAUUGUUACCAUAGUUUUCUAAGGUGAUUUAAAUACACGACAUGAGUCAAAUUGA